AUGCAUCGCAGCCAGCUCUUCGCGCUGCUCGCCACGGCGUCGGCCUUCGCGCCGCCGCGCGGCCACGCGGCGCUGACGCGCAGCGCGCCGUCGCCGCAGCGCACCACCCGGCGCUCCAUGGACGAGGAUGCCACCUACGAGGCGCCGUCGGACUCGACCACCAUCGACGACGUCAUCGACGUCGAGCAGGGCGCCGACGACCGCGACGCCGACGCGCUCAAGCGCGAGCUGCUCAUCAAGAUGAGCGCGUCCGCGCGCGGCCAGGCCAAGAGCGAGUACCUCAACGACGACGUCGAGGAGAUCGCGUCGCGCCUCGAGGCGACGCGGCCGUCCGCCGUGUCGCUCGACGACGUGCGGGGCCGCUGGUCCUUGGGCUUCUGCUCGACGCAGCUGUUCCGGUCGUCGCCCUUCUGGAUGGCGGGCCGCGCGACGUGCAAGGACGGCAAGGAGGCCGAGCGCUACGACUGGUUCUGCGAGAUGCACCGCAAGGCGACGAUGGUGUCGGAGAUCGGCGCCGUGCGCCAGAUCAUCUCCGAGGACGCCCUCGUCUCCGAGUUCGAGACGACGGUCGCGGCGUUGCCCAUGCGCGUCGGCGGCGCGAUGCCGCUGAACGUUUUAGGGUCCAUCGUGUCCACGGCGUCCAUCGAGGGCGUCGGCUCCGCGGCCGACGGGUCGCUGGAGCUCGAGCUGCUCAUGGGCGACGUCGAGGUCAAGGGGUCGAACCUGCCGGGCAUCCGCCAGGCGCUGGACGCGGGCGCGAAGCUCGACUCGCGCGCGCUCUCGGACGCGCUGCCCAUCGACACGCCGCGGCCCGUCUUCGCGUGCACCUACGCCGACGACGAGAUCCGCAUCUCCCGCGACGGCGACCGCAACCUGUACGUCUACGUCAAGGAGAGCGGCGACACGACGCCGACGGCCUACGACGACGUCGCCGCGGACCUCGGGAUCCCCGCGCUCGUCUCCGGCGUGCUCAACGCGAUCUCGUCGCCGCCGAAGCGCACCGCCGCGGAGCGCGACGCGCUGGCCCUGGCCUACCUGCGGCGGCCGCAGAUCGUCAAGUUCGACACGUCGCGGCACCGCUGGCGCGAGGCCGUGUGCAAAGCUUUGGGCGUCGAGUGCGGCGGCGACGGCGGCGCGGCGGCGCUCGCGGCGUUGGCGCCCGCGCCGCUGGGCGCGGGCUCGCGCGGCGGCGCGCGCGGCACGGGCACGCCGUGGAUCCGCCGGUGGAAGAGCCGCGCGCCCGACGUCGCGGCGGAGGUCAUCGCGGUCUACGUCGGGUUCGUGCGCGACGUCGUCCAGGCGCGGCUGUCGCGCGUCUGCGCGGAAUUCGGGAGCGCCGCCAUGGCCGGCGGGCUCCUCUUCCAGCGCGAGCCGAGCUUCCGCUGCCACACGCCGAGCCCGCGGCCGACGGGCCGGCCCCACACGGACGCGGACUACGGCCACCAGUCCGCGGAGCUCAACGUCUGGGUGCCCGUGACGCGCGCGUCGGGGGCGAACUCGCUCUACGCCGAGUCCGCGCCGGGCGAGGGCGACUACGCGGCCUUCGACGUCGACUACGGCGACGCCGUCUUCUUCUGGGGCAACCAGUGCCGCCACUACACCGUCGCCAACGACUCGGGCGCCGCGCGCGUGUCCAUCGACUGCCGCGUGCUGCCCCGCGCGCUCCACGACCCGGACGAGAAGCGCAAGGACGGCGGCGCGAAGACGGCCUUCCACGUCGGGGGCUACUACGCCGCGCUCCUCCCGUCGGGCGCCAUCGACGACGCCGUCAACCGGCCCAAGGGCUACGGCUGCCUCUUCACGCCCUACGCGUAA